UCUACACCAUAGUGUAACACAGAUGCUCCUUCGCUUAGGAUGGGGUUGACUCCCAGUAAACCCUUCGUGAAGUCAUAAAUUGUAAAGCCAAAUGGUCAUAGCCCAGAACCAUCUCUACAGAAAGUACUUAGAACAGUACCAACACAGAGCAGUUAAUUUGCUGUGUUAUGGUGGUGGAGGUGAUUCUGAACUUUCUUCCCGGUUUGCUUUUCUAGGUGCUGACUUUGGCUUACUUCUCAGAGCACUAGGAAUGGUCAUUUCUACUUUCCAGGACUGCAAACCGAGAAGCUGAGGAGAAUCCUAUGUAAAUAGCUGAGACCUCUUCUGUCCCUUUGUGUCUGGAGCCUCCUGAGCUACACCACUGGAGGACUGUAAACUACUGUCAUCACUAUGAAUGUGACAAGCUUGUUUUCCUUCACAAGUCCAGCAGUGAAGAGACUUCUUGGGUGGAAGCAGGGUGACGAAGAAGAAAAAUGGGCAGAGAAAGCUGUUGAUGCUUUGGUGAAAAAACUGAAGAAAAAGAAAGGGGCUAUGGAGGAGCUGGAGAAGGCGCUGAGCUGCCCGGGGCAGCCGAGUAACUGUGUCACCAUUCCCCGCUCUCUGGACGGCCGGCUGCAGGUGUCCCACAGGAAGGGAUUGCCCCAUGUCAUUUACUGCCGGGUGUGGCGCUGGCCCGACCUUCAGAGCCACCAUGAACUGAAGCCACUGGAGUGCUGUGAGUUUCCUUUCGGUUCCAAGCAGAAGGAGGUCUGCAUCAACCCCUACCACUACAAGCGAGUAGAGAGCCCCGGUGAGUGCGUCCCCCAUCCAGGGACUUCUGCGACAACAGCAGGCUUGUGUUGUUAAGACACAACGAAUCCUGCUCUGGUUUUAGCUGUAAU